GCACAAGGACACUGCUGAGUAAACAAUGGAUAGUUUGAGCUGGAAGUGAUAUCGCUCCCAGUGCACUAAGCUGCUGUAGAGAGUGAAAACUAGACAGGAAGUGAUUGCAGCUCUGGAGUUUCUAAGGUUUUGCACUGUGGGUCUGAAAGAUGACACUGACGACCUGUUUGAGUGGUCAUUGUUUAGAUUUAGCUAAGUUGGGAGAGUCUUGUUGUCUAACCAGCCAGCUGGUGUGCUGCGGGAAACAGAGAGCACAUGAGGUUUGUGAUUACCACGGCAGCUAGGGUGCACAGAAGAGGAAGUUGAGGGACUUACUGGCAUUUUAUUGUGAAAUGGAGAGGCUGAGCGUCAGCAUUGAAGCAGGCAAGCUUGGAGAAUAGGGGCUGCGUAAGGGUUGUGAGGUUGUCCGUUCAUUCAAGAGUACAGUCUGCGUGAUUGAUGAAGUGAUCAAAGAAGCUCCUAUCAAGCUAUGUCCAAGACCAAGCUUUAGCAGCGUACGUCGCGAUUCAAGUAUUUUGCUUUCAACUGCACUGAAACGACCAUAACUUUUCUUCUCAGCAUCUCUUGCCAAGUUGCUGGAAUAUAAUUCACUCUUUGAGUCUGUUUGUAACUAAUUGGCGCACUUUUUCCUAAGCUCUUGUAGCAGGCCUCGUCUGAUUGAGUUAGUGCACCAUUGUCCAAGUUGGUGUCAGAACGGGGGCCUUCAGUUUGUCUAGGAGAGGGCUGCAGCUGGACUAAAACCUAUGGUUUAAUGGGAGUGUUCCCUCGAGUUUGUUGUGGCCUCUGACGUUUGCGUCUAUUUCACUAGGAAAGUUCUUGCAUGAUUUGCGUAAAACGUUCACACAUAUUUGAGAAGACUUAUGGGCUUAAGCAUUUGGAGAAUGUUUGGGUUCUUCGGAAACUUUUUUUUUUUUUUGCGCUCUCCCUGUUUACAGCGCAGAACGUGUCUUUCAAUGUCAACCGUGUGUCAAAAGCUUCUUCAUUUUUGUGCUUAAGACUUCCGAUUCCUAGGAGUGACAGAGGCAUUGUGGUUUGAAUCAAAGUGAGUUCGCAUUCUGUUCAAUCGGUGCUUAGGACGUUGAUUGCUCUUCCAAAGUCCGAGGUGUUCCAUAUCUUUUAUUUUAUUUCAAAGUUUUUGCCUGAAGUCGUCGCGCCAUAACAAACUGCAGUAAUCACUCAUCUUUUGGGGGAUCACGACUUUUAUUCAUGGUGGGUGCAGCUUAAUGAAGCUAGCCGUCCUCAUAAACUCUGAAUUGGAGGACAAUCUGUUAAAAAGAGAAACUCUUGGAGGUUGAUUGUAGCCGAAAAUUGAAGCUGAGAAAAGAGUGCAAUGGGGAGAUCAAACAAGACUACGGAGUGGUUCAAAGCUGUGAAAAAGGUUUUUCGUUCACCCUCCAAGGAGAGGCCUUCCGUUCCAGAGGAUUUGAAGGUCGAUGAAGACGAAAAACCAUUUGCAAAGCAUGACCUCUCAUCAAUAUCUCAAAAGGCGCAGACACCUCAUUCUGUCCCACCAGCUGAAAUUACCACACAUGAUGAGGUCGAGUCUGAACACAUUCGAGAGCAGCCCAUGGUUACAUCAGAGGUGGUUGGUCAAGCCAUUUCUCCAUUGGUUUCCCACAAGGAGAACAAAGUAACAGAAGAGGAUAAUUCAAGCAGUACCGUCGCUCAUGAGUUGCUGCAGCACCAAUUUGACGACGACGACGACGACGACGAGAGUACCGUGAGUGAAGAAGAUGAGGCAGCUGUGAGGAUCCAGCAACGAUUUAAUGACCCCGCGGCCUCGAUAGGAUUGGUAAGACUUCAAGCAUUGGUUCGAGGGCAUCAAGUACGAAGGCAAGCUGCUACAACUUUACGCACAAUGGAAGGAAUUGUUCGUGUACAAGCUGUCUUUCGAGGACGUUGUGUUCGGAAGUCGAAGGUUGGGAAGGCUGUGCGUAGCAGAAUAGCAUGCACUCGAAGGCUAAGUUCUCGAGGUGGAAAGCUUGGUGAUGCUAAAAGGAGUGACAAACAGGACAAUGAACCUGAAUCAAAUGGAGGUGAAGGCAAACCAGACAAUCGUAAACGAGCGGUGCCAUAUCUCUUGACUCAGCAGUUAAAGAAAAACGCACCAAAGAGGAGGUCGCACCAGUUACUCGUUGACUAUGACCCAGAUCAACCUCAUAGUGGUUGGGCAUGGCUCGAACUAUGGACAAAUGCCAGGCCUUGGGAAAACCGAAAAGCUCAGGACCCAUUAGUCCACAGCAAUGAAACGAUCUCGUCACGAAGGAACUCCGAAUACGCCACUAAGGAAGUUGAUGUCAACACUCUAAAGGUGAAGUACUACGAAGACUCCUUGUCUAAUCCGACUCCUGCAAAGCCCUUCGGUUCAAGCACAUUGAGUGACCAGAAGGAAACGCCUGAGUGGGUUGCACUAACGUCUUCACCUGCUCCAGCACAUGCUCCUCCAUCAAGGACGACCGCAUACAGCCACCGCGCCCAUUCAAAACAAGCACCCAUUGAUUUUCUUGUUCAUCCAGGUGAAGAAGAAGAUGAAACUUCGCAGUUGAAGCAAAGAAUUCAAGAGGUCCAGAUAUCGCUGGGUCAUGCGAAGACGACGUCCGCAUGUCCUGCAGGCUCAGAGGAUUCAAAUCCCAUACCAUCAUCGCCGCAAACUUCAGAUACAUGGCUUCCUGAGCUGGAAACGCCUCCAGGACUGGAUGGUUCAUCGGAGGCCAUGCAGCAGUUGGUGUUGCCUGAAGCGCACAGAUCAAAGGAAGGAGAUAAGAAUGGAGCUUUACUGAGUGAUAGUUCCAGUUUGGCGCCCUCAGCCAAUCGUGAGCAUCAAUCUGAAGAUGUAAGCACACCAAAUGGCAAGGACUCAGGCUCAGAGGUGGCCAACGGACAUACAAGCAACGUUCACCAGGAAAAUGGUGACAAGAGAGCCACACCUGUCGAGAAAGCUGGAGAAAACGGAGAUAGUCCCAUCGCAAGCAAGAGAACCACAUGCCGCUACAUGACCGCCACAAAGUCAGCCGUGGCCAAGUUUCGAUCAGCUAGCAAUCCCAAGACAAGGGCUCCUGACACACCCGAAUCACCUGCCGGUGUACAGAAACGGUAUUCUUUUGGGGGUGCAACGUCUGCCAAGGCAGCGGAGAAUUCUGCCAAGGGCACCAGUGGCACCAGAAAGUCCAGUUCCUUUCAGAACCGACGAAGUCCAAGUCCAAAGACAGAGAAACCUCCGAGUGCCGAGGCGGUGGCUGCAUCACCUGCACGUCGAAAUUCGUUAGGAAGUGCGGAAGGCAAGAGGUGGAGAACCUGAAAAGCAGGACCCAGCAGCCCAUCCCACGUAUUUUCAGUACUUGGGGUCCACUGCUCACAUGCACCAACAUCGUUUCCAGUUGAUGCAACUGCACUCAGAUCUUUGAUCAUUUUGGAGGAAGUCAUGUCACAUUGCGUUUUUUCUACACCAAGUGGACUUUCUGUGGAGUAGAUAGUUGUAUCAUAAAUCAUCGGUUGGUGACAUCGUAGUGUUGUUGGAUUUUGCUCGAACACUGGCGAUGGUUGUGUGGAACUCUGAUCUUCAAUUUCACGAAUGUCUGCUAACGACUUCAUUAAUCCUGGUGAGUGGAAAUGAUUUUCACCUGUUAUCUCUCUUGCUCUCUCAUCACUAGUUGUUUUCUUCCUUUUUUAUUUUGGUUUUUGAUUGUUGGGGAGUUCUAUUUCGUGUACAGCCCUUUGUGAGGGAGUUCAAUUUUGGCCACUGAAACAACUCAUGUUGCUGAUUAUCGUGACAACUGGAAUUGAUUAGUGACUCAUACAUGGACUUUGUCAUACUCGGAUCUUCCUCGAACUCACAUCUUUGGGUACUUUAUACCCUGUGUUGAAUCUCCGCUCUAGACACCUCUGCGUUAAUAUUCUUGAUCUUUUUAGAAAAUGUUUUGGUGGCUUUGUGAGUUUAAUCCACCUUUAAAGGACUCUGUAUGUUUGUGUAUUGUGGUUUUUGUUUUCAUUUUACAUCCAGUUUUUUA